AUGCAGAUUUACUCAGCCACCAAAUAUCCUCUUCGUUUCAGUAGCAUUUUUUGGAUCAAAAAUCAAGUUUUCUCAGAUGACGUCGCACUCGAUUCCAAAUACACAUUCUUCGAAACCAAUGUUGUUGUUAACGAUUCGGGAUUCAGAGGUCACAGUCUCAACGUAGGAAGUUUGAAUGACAAUAUUCACGUUAAGAGCAACCAUGCUUAUCGACUUGAUGGCCAAGUGGGAAUCGCCCGUGACGGCGGCAAAUCAUUGUUUUUCGAAGACACUGCUACAACAAUUCCAAUUGACAAAGCUGAAGUUCGCCCGCAAUCAAUGGCUAAUAAUGUUUUGGCACAAGGUCACGGAAAGAUCGUUGAUUGGUUUGGCAGUGCUACAGACGACUGCAUACCAAUUGAAGUCAUUAGAGUUUCACAUCGAUACCCGGACGUUAUGGGACCACAACGUGAAGAGUUUUUUGCCAAUGAUCUUCUUCCGAGUCACCUCACAUUGCCCUUGGACAUUGAAGCUCUGACCGAAGGCAAUAUUAUCAGCCUCCGGGGCAAAGUGGUCGCAUACGAAGAAUCCAACAGGACCUGGAUCAUCGAAGCUACAGAUAUUGACCUAAUCUACUCUUUGCCGAAUCGGAGACGAAGUUUGCGCCAACAAGGACUGCCACCGCAAUAA